GUUACUCUAUCAUCGUGAUGUUCAUGAUCUCCAUCUCGUUCUUUAUAGAAAAUGCAACAGUGCUGAGCGGACAAGGUGGACGGGGAUUUUCGCAGAUUGGUCAUAGCCGUUUUUCAUGUUCUUGUAGUACAUUACUUAGCAAGAACACUUAAGUGUCUGUGACGAGUAGAUUUCACUCUAUUCAGUGUCCUGCCGAUGAAGGCCCGUUGAUGAGCAGACAUCUUCCAUUAAGAAUAGCUUAGGCUUUACUAGCGAAAAAAUUCGACGGCAAAAUGGGUGAGCAGCCGUCCGAUGCUCCAGUGGAAGAGAAACCACAGGGCGCACUCGCAGCACUUCUUGCCCGUAAGAACAAGAAGAAAGCGGAUACUGCGGAUAAAAAGAGCAAGAUAAAACAGGACCGGCAAGAACAAGCUCCUCCUGUUGAUGAUGACGCCUUUGCCGGAUUGAUGUCGGGUAAGAAGGCAGUUAAAGGAAGAGGAGAUGCACACGACGUCGUUGGUGCGACGGCUCCGCAAGAAGUAUUGGCUGAGCCACAAUGGGAGCGGGUGUUUCGGCAGGAGCAGGCAGUAUUGGAAAGCGAAUUCGGACUAGAAAUCAAGCGGAUGAAAGCCGACGGAGCCUGUCUAUUCCGAUCGUUUGCGGAGCAAAUGCACGAAGACACGAGAAGACAUAACGAGGUCCGCGAAAAAUGCGUCGAGUUUAUGCGCAAAAAUAGAGACGACUUUCAGCCAUUCGUCGAGGUAUUCUUUUUGGUCGUGUUUUUUGAAUUUUUGACCCUUCAUGCUCAGACGCUAUCACUGUCUGUAGUCGUGUCUGGUCUUUAAUCGGAAGAUUAAAGAUGACUCGUGCACGAAAAGAUGGACUGCCUGUGCCUAAGUACUACCUUACUUCCUACUAGGUGAAAUCAAUUAAUGUUGAACUGAUACUAAGCAUACCUAUACUAUAAGCAUAGGGAAGACGUAACUUGAUAACUGAUACAACUACAGGGCAACUUCGAUCGGUAUCUGGGCGAGAUGCAGAGGAAAGAGACCUGGGGAGGCGACAUUGAAAUACAGGCCCUCGGUAGGCUGUUUGAAGUCAACGUUGCAGUCCUAUUACCCUCUACUUACGAAGCGCCGCUUUCCGCUGCUGCUCUGCUUCAGAAAGAGAACGCUAGUCGCAUAGAGGGGAUGGCAGCACUUUCUGGUGCGACGAAGAAGAAAAAGCGCGCACAACCUGCAUGGAUGAACGACGAACCCGAAAGUGACGAAAAGAAAGAGCCGGCGGAAGCAAUUUUGACAGGAGGAGGCGCAACUGCGAGUAGUAAAGGAACAGACACCAGUACCCUACAUCUACAAUCUUCAUCCUCUAGUUCACCAUCUUCAGUUGGCGAUGUUCUGCGGGAGACGCUUAAGCAGGGUGCGCAGGUCUUCGAGAUGUACAAUUUUGACGCCAAGACUGCUCCUCUCGUGACACUUUCGUACCAUCCAAAUUACCACGAAGGAAAACACUACAACUCCGUCCGCAGAAUAGGCCCGCUUCGAAGUGGAAAUGUGGAAGAAGAAGCAAGUCCUAGUGCAGCUAGUUCCAGUAAAGAGGCUGCUCUGCCAACAGUGCACAGUCUUGCAGCGCAUAUGAAAGGCUGUUUUACGAAUCCUCACAAAGGCAAGUCCUCAACAAGUGCGGACCCAGCGGGAGGUGAUCAAUCACCUGACCAAAAAGCGCGAAAACCUAAGACAGCACGCGAUAUAUUCGGAUGACAAUCUGUACCUGUAGCGGCUUCUGUACGGCAUCCGCAUCCCAUUCCCAAAAUACGCAAGAGUCGCCCCUUGGUGGAUUGAUAAACCUUAAUAACCUGGCUCCCCAAUAUUACCCGCUGCCCUUCUUGUUGUUGUGCCCUCUUUCCUACAAGAGGAAGAUAAGUAGCGACAGUAGCGACCGAUGUACAUCAUGCAAUGUGGAGGUGGACACAGUGUCGUGUCCUGCAUACCAUCUGCUCUUGCUGCGAGUU